GCUUGAAGAAAGCCUGGCUUGUUGCUUGCGCCGUAGUUACGCACUGGAACCCUGUGCUUCAGAGUUUCCCCGGCUGCUGGGGCUGCAGCUGGGAUGGAAUUUGCUUUCCCUGAUGUGUGACUUGGCCUGUGGAAGUCUUUUUUGUCCCUGAAGAGCUGGAGAGUGACCACAGCUGGAUGUGGGUGGAGAGUCCUCGACCUUUUGCCCAUCCAGCCUUCUCCAAGGUGAUGACUCCUGCCUCCUGAGACGCUGGAAAACCUAGUUUGGAAGAAGAGUAACGAUACAGUUGAUGCUGAACUACAGCCGAGGAUGAAGCGGCGAGCAUCAGACAGAGGAGCUGGGGAAACAUCCGCUAAAGCAAAGGCUCUGUGCGCGGGGAUUUCUGGGAACAACGCCAAGAGAGCAGGUCCCUUCAUCCUGGGUCCACGUUUAGGUAACUCCCCUGUGCCAAGUAUUGUUCAGUGUUUGGCAAGAAAGGACGGGACAGAUGACUUUUAUCAGCUGAAGAUUCUCACCUUAGAAGAAAGAGGUGAUAAAGGAAUAGAAACCCAGGAGGAGCGACAGGGCAAGAUGCUGCUGCACACGGAGUAUUCUCUUCUCUCCCUGCUCCACAACCAGGAAGGAGUGGUCCAUCAUCACGGGCUCUUCCAGGACCGAGCUUGUGAAAUCAUAGAAGAUCUGGAAGCCAACAGGAUGGUCAGAAAGAUGAAGAAGCGCAUUUGCCUGGUGUUGGACUGCCUCUGUGCUCAUGAUUUCAGUGACAAAACAGCAGAUCUGAUCAAUCUGCAGCAUUAUGUCAUUAAAGAGAAGAGACUCAGCGAGAGGGAGACCGUGGUGAUAUUUUAUGAUGUGGUACGAGUGGUAGAAGCAUUACACAAGAAAAAUAUUGUGCACAGAGACUUGAAACUAGGAAACAUGGUGCUAAACAAAAGGACUCACCGGAUCACCAUCACCAACUUCUGCCUGGGGAAGCACCUGGUGAGCGAGGACGACCUGCUGAAGGACCAGCGUGGGAGCCCUGCCUAUAUCAGCCCAGACGUGCUCAGUGGCCGGCCGUACCGCGGGAAGCCCAGCGACAUGUGGGCGCUGGGGGUGGUGCUGUUCACCAUGCUCUAUGGCCAGUUCCCCUUCUACGACAGCAUACCUCAGGAGCUCUUCCGCAAAAUCAAGGCUGCCGAGUACACCAUCCCUGAGGAUGGCCGGGUCUCAGAAAACACUGUGUGCUUGAUCCGGAAACUGCUGGUCCUGGACCCGCAGCAGCGGCUGACGGCUUCUGAAGUGCUGGAUUCCCUCAGCUCCAUCAUAGCGUCCUGGCAGUCCAUGUCCUCGCUGAGUGGCCCUUUGCAAGUGGUGCCGGACAUAGAUGACCAAGUGGCUAAUCCUGAAAACCCCCAGGAGGUGAAGGUGACAGAGGAGUGCUCCCAGUACGAGUUUGAGAACUACAUGAGGCAGCAGCUGCUCUUGGCUGAGGAGAAGAACACCUUGCAUGAGGCCAAGAGCUUCCUGCAGAAGCGGCAGUUUGGGAACAUCCCGCCCGUGCGGCGCCUGGGCCACGACGCGCAGCCCAUGAACCCCUUGGACGCGGCCAUCCUGGCCCAGAGGUACCUGCGGAAGUAGCUCCCCCUGCCCCACGAGCACCACCCUGCAGCCUGCCCUCACCUGCCUGCUCCAGCCUACAGCAAUACCGCUGUCCCACGACGGGGAAUAAUGUAGCAAUCCCAAGCUCUGUCCAGGGACAUGCACUCACACCUGCUCCGGAGGGAGAAGACUUUUGGAAAAGCUAAGUUUUGGAAGCAGCAAACCUCUUGGCAUCUUCUGGAAUCUGUUUUUUAAAAUCGAAGCCUAGAUGACUAAUCUGCUUUUAAUCAUGACUGUAAUCUAC